AUGGUUUGGGGAUAUCAUGCUGCGGAGCCCAACUCCUACCUCGUCAUCACUGGCGCAGGCGUCAAAAGACUGAAGCUCACCAAGAAGGCUAUGGUCCUUCCUUUCCAGAAGGUUACAAAAAUCUCAGUCACACCUUUCCAUUUCACAACCGACCUCCAGGCCAUGACAUCGGAAAAGUUGCAAGUCUGUCUACCAGCCGUCUUCACCAUCGGCCCUAAGGACGACCCCGAGUCACUGCUGAAAUAUGCCGGCUUGAUGACAGACAACAAUUCCGAUGCUGGCGUUGCUAGCCGCGAGCACAUUCAAGCCAUCAUCAUGGGCAUUGUCGAAGGCGAGACAAGAUCUGUCGUCUCCAACAUCACCAUGAAGGAGCUUUUCGAGAAGCGCAGUCUUUACAGGACAAAGGUUGUCGAACAUGUUCAAACUGAACUCACUCAAUUUGGUCUCCACAUCUACAAUGCUUCUAUCAAGGAGCUUCGCGACAUGCCUGGCUCUCAUUACUUCGAAUACCAGUCGCGCAAAGCGCAUGAGGGAGCUCAAGCCGCCGCGAAGGUAGACGUAGCACAUGCUCGUAUGCAGGGUGAGAUUGGUGAAGCCGAAAACGUAGGCAAGACCAAGCAAGAGAUUGCCAAGAUCAACGCAAACACCGCCGUUCAAGAGACCGAGCGCAAGAUCGAAAAGGCAAUGGCGGACUCACGCUUCAAAUCUCAAGAAAUCGAGAUAGAGAGGAAGCUGCACAUUGAACGCAUCCAAGCCGAACGUGCCGCCGAACUCAGAGAUGCCGAUCUCCAGAAGGGCGUCCAAGAAAGCAAAGCCCUCAUGGAACUCGAGCGCAUGAGAGCGACAACGGUCACAAAAGCCAAAGUAGCAAAAGAAUCCGCCGCCGAAGAAGCAGACGCCCAACUCUACAAAGCCCAGCAAGCAGCAGAAGCCCUCGCCUUCCAACAAUCAAAAACCGCCGACCUCGAACUCUACACUACCGAAAAACAAGCAGAAGGCCAUUACCACAAGAAACAGCGAGAAACAGAGGCGAAAUUCUUGCAAGACAGUAAAGCUGCCGAUGCUUCUUUGUACCGCAAGCAACAAGAUGCUCUCGGUGACUUUGAGAUCAAAAAGGCAGAAGCUGAGGCUUUGUAUAUUCGUCACGAGCGCGAGGCGGCAGGUAUAAUCCAACUCGCCACCGCGUACGAGAAACUCGGCAAUGUGUUGGGAGGACCCCAAGGCGUGCGUGACUGGAUGAUGCUGCAGAACAACAUUCCCGUGCAGCUCGCAAAGGCAAAUGCCGAAGCCAUUAGAGGACUGCAGCCGAAAAUCAAUGUCUGGACUACAGGUGCGCAGGACAGUGCUGCUGUAGACUCGUUUGCGCCUAUCAAGAACAUUAUGCAGAGUCUUCCUCCGCUGUUCUCGACUAUCCAGGAUCAAACUGGUAUGUUGCCGCCGACUUGGUUGGCGCAGAUGCCAAAUGGCAAUGGACAGCGUACGGAUUCUGCUCACGAACUUCCGCUUGCUGUGGAGAAGCACAAGGGUAUUAAUGGUGUUUGA